AUGGACGAGCGCGAGAAGAACGCACACAAGAACACAAAGAACAAGCCCUUUGGCAGCGGCAGCGGCACAAACAAGGACUAUACUGCUGCGAGUGGAGGCGGUGGUGCUUCGACUAGACACCGUUUUGGGCUCAGCAGUCUGCUACCCGGACAUCGCCAUUCGCAGGCUCCCCAGCCUCCUGCUCAAUCCAUUAUUCCACCACGCGAUGUGACUAUCAACCACGCCGCGCCUGCUCGCCCUACCCCAUCUCACAACUUGGACAUGUCGGAUCCUGCUGUGCAAGAAGUGCUCGACCAGCUGCUGUCCAUGGGCAUCACCGAGGACCAGCUCGAGGAGCACGCUGGCUUUAUUCAGACCUAUCUCGAGCAGCACAAGGCCAGUGCCGCUGCCGAGGAAGAGCGCAAGGCUCGGGCGCCGCCGCCACCUCCGCCUGUAGCUGCACAGAUGUCUCCUCAAACCACCGGAGGAAGUGGAAGCACUUCGAGACGUGGUCCUCCACCUGCUCCGCCACAGCCUAGGAGGGGCGCUGCACCGAUCAGACCACCUUCUCCCUCUCCAUCGCCGCCACGCGCUCCUUCACCUCCUCGACCCAUGUUCCGUGCUCCUCCUCCGAUCGCCGACGCUGGAAAGUACGCCAAUGUUCCUGCUCCGCCAGCCAGAUCCAGAGCUUCGUCUUCUGUUGCUCCUCCGCCUCCACCACGUGUCCCGGCAAAAACGCCAGCAGACGAGCCAUCCUCAUCCAGGUUCGGUGUUCCUCCUGCUUUCGCUGGCGCCCGCAUUCCGUCUGGUCCUCCGCCGACUCCUGCUCGAGGGCCUGUACCACCGCCCCCUCCUGCAAGGAACAAUGUCGCCAGCCCUGGUAUUCCUAUGCCUCCGCCAUUGCCUCCCAAAACUCCAACCUCUGUCGCUCCUCCUCCGCCUCCUCUUCCUCCGCCGUCAGCUCGUCCUGUUCCUCCGCCUCCCGGCGGUGGCAAUCUCCCACCACCCCCUCCUCCUCUUCCUCCAUCAACAGGAGGCGCUCCCCGCCUCCUCCACCCAUGCCUCCGAUGGGCGGUGCUCCUCCACCGCCCCCAUUGCCACCAGGUCGUGCUCCUCCUGGUGGAGACGCUCCAGCACCCCCACCCUUGCCUCCCUGUUGGUGGUGGCGGUAGAGACAAUCUUCUGGCUUCCAUCCGAGGCGGUGCUCGUCUCAAGAAGGUUUCUGACCAGGAGAAGAAAGAUCGCAGUGCUGCAGCGGUUCCAGGUAGUGAACCUCCUGCACCGAGUGGUCCGAGUAGCGGCGGAGGCGGUGGUGAUGCUGCUGGCGGUCUUGCUGGUGCUUUGGCUAGUGCGCUUGCCGCCAGAAAGUCUAAAGUCAGCCACAGUGGUGAGUUUUGUCUUUGCUUUGUUGAUGAUGGCUGUAUGCUGACGAUUUCACAGACGACGAAGAUGACAAGGACGACUGGUAGAUUGUUGCAAGAACGCGACUCAAAGGCUUCUCAUUCGUCAAAGGAGCGAGGUGUUUCAAAGGCUAUGCCCGGACGGCUGUCGCUCAAAUAUGGGCAUGUUUUGUCGGUUCAUUAUAUAUCACGGCUUUAUGGCCAUUGCAGCAGUGCAAAGUUUCGAUUAGCAAAUGUGCAGAAUGUCAGUUAUAUUUCUCCAUUAUUCAAACCCCAAUCUGUAGAAUUCUCGUACCAUCCAGUUGAUUCAUAA